AUGUCUAGCGCGCCGUUUACGGUCAAGGCGGUCUUCGAGUAUUCUUCGAGCCACGAGGACGAUCUUAAUUUUGCCAUCGGCCAGAUCAUAACGGUCACUGCGGUGGAGGACGAUGAGUGGUACUUCGGUGAAUAUGCCGAUGCCUCGGGAAGCAAAGUAGAGGGUAUUUUCCCGAAGAAUUUCGUGGAGAAAUAUGAACCUCCUGCCCCUCCGCGGCCCUCACGCCCGAGUAGGCCGAAGAAGGAACCGGAGGUGGUCGCCCAACCCGAACAACCCGCUGCUAUCGAAUCGCCCCCUCCCGCAGCAGAGACUCCUCUAUCCGAGCCCGAGGAAGAAGGAGCUCCCGCACUAGAGACAAGAGCUGUACCUCUCCCGCCUCAAUCACCUCCUGCUGCGGUUGAACCAACACCUGUUGUCGAAACCAAGCCUGCACCUGCACCUGCACCAAUCCCAGCGGCUCAGCAGCCCGUCUCAAAUGAACCAGAACCCGGCCCCAAGACAGCGGCAAAGCCGCAUCCACCCGCUGUCGCAGAGAAACCUUCCGGUUCCUCUUUCAGAGAUCGUAUUGCCGCUUUUAAUAAGCCUGCAGCCGCCCCAGUUACGCCGUUCAAACCAGGAGGCUACUCCUCAUCCUCAUUCAUCAAGAAGCCAUUUGUCGCGCCACCUCCCAGCAAAAAUGCAUAUGUCCCGCCUCCUCGAGAAGCGCCCGCUGUUGCUUACAGGCGAGAAGAGGAUCCUGAGAUUCGCGAUCGACCAGCACCCGAGCCUCCGGUUUCUGAGACUCGCCCCGGGCCGAUUGAGACUACUACCGAGGAGGGCGGAGAAGACCAGCCGAAACCGACAAGCUUGAAGGAAAGAAUUGCACUUUUGCAGAAGCAGCAGAUGGAACAAGCUGCUCGUCAUGCCGAAGCAGCGCAAAAGAAAGAAAAGGCCAAGAGACCUCCCAAGAAGCGCGCGGAUUCUCACGAAGAUGAUAUCCCUACCGCAGAAACCGCACUCGAGGGCGACGAGUCACCAGAGGCUGCUCGGGAUCACAGUGUAGAAACUCUAAAAGGUUCAAGUCAUCCUACAACGCAACAUCCCAGCAUCCAGGAUUUGGCCAGUGAUACAAAUGAUGCGGACGAUUCAGCUGCGGCCGAUACAGAAGAUGCUGAGGAGACUUCAACCGGGAGAGAAGAUUUGGAUGAGCGCCCUCGUGCCCCUGUUCGACGUGAACCUCCGGCCCCAAAGCGAACAGAAGAGUACGAACCUAGCGACAAUGAAAAGGAGAAAGAGGCGGACAAGGAAGAGGAAGAGGAAGAGGAGGAGGAAGAAGAAGAAGAAGACAUUGACCCGGAAGUGAAGCGAAAGAUGGAACUCCGCGCGAGAAUGGCGAAAAUGAGUGGCGGCAUGGGUAUGAUGGGCUUUUUUGGCCCUCCCGGUGGAAUGCCUGUCCCCGGAGCUGGUCCCCGUAAACCCAAAGCACCUGUGGAAGCCGAGAAGCACGCUGUCGAGCCUGAGCCAGUCACGGCUCCGAGCGCGCCGCCAGUUCCACUUCCUGGGAUGAACGCGAUCAGGUCCCCGCUCGCCUCUCCUACUCUGGAAAAGAACUUGGAUGAGCCUCGAUCGAUUGCGUCGGCGGAACAUCACACUCCAUCUGCAGCUGAAGCCUCUGGUGAGGAAUCCGAGGAUGAGCUUCCUCCUCGUCGCUCCGUUGACAAAUCACUUCCUACUCAAGAGCGCCCGGUGCCUCCUCCACUCCCGCCUGUGGACACACGCCCUACUCCACCUGCUCCUCACGAUUUACCUUCUUCACCACCUCCAGUACCUGGCAGUCGGCCAGCUCCUCCUCCUCCGCCAGUACGAAGCCCUACGUCUGGUGGCGAAGAGUCUGAUGAUGAGCUUUCUAUCCACGCAAAGAGCCUAUCUUUGAAUGCUACGGUGGCAGAUCAACUUUCAGAGGCUGCACCUCCUGUCCCGCUACACAUUGACUCUCGCCGCUCUUCCACCUUCGAUGUCACUUCACCAAAAUCUCCAACCCAUCCUUCGGAGAAGAGGCUAAGCCGGGCUCCUCCACCAAUCCCAAGCAAUCCACCCGUGCCUGCUCAAGCCCGUGCCCCUCCACCCCCGCCUCUUGGAAUUAGUCGCAGGUCAACUACCGAUAGUCGAACAAGUGCCGUUGUUCAACCCCGCCAAGCUGGAGAGGAUGCCGAAGGCGAAGUGACAGAAUAUGACGGAGAUUAUGACACCGACAUUGCGUCUGGCGCGAAAUUCAAAGACGCAUUAAAGGCGCAUGGGCGAGAUUCCAGCCUCGAUGAGGGUACUGCUACCGAUGAUCAGUCUCUCCAGUCACCGCGAAGCCCUCCAGAGACCCGUCUACCCCCGCCGCUUCCUCCCUCUGUGCCAAGAGGAGUCCCACCCCCCCCUCCAUCUCAACCCCCAAAGAGCGCCGGCAGAGCCUCGAUAGAUGCCCCUAGGGCUCCUCCUCCGCCCCCGCCCCAGAGGGAACCAUCAUACGGUGGCGAUGAUGAGUAUGACCCCUACCGCUACACGGCCCCUCAACAUGGAUUGCCCGCUUCAAAGAUGCCGCCUGUGCCAACGGCGCGGCCAGACGUUGCCCCUCCGCCCCCGCCGCCUCCUCCUGUUGAGGAGAAAGAAGAAGAUUCGGACGGCCUGUAUGACGCAUCUCCUACUCAGGCGGCCCCAGAAGCCCCAGCGCCUUUCUCUCUCCCAACAAGCCAACCGCCAACUGCACUUCCACCUCCGACGCCGCUGAGCAACCGUGCUUCAUUGGAUGUGCCGAGGGCUCAACCCGCGAUACGAAGAUCUAUGGAUGUCGGCCGUCCAUCUGUUGAUCAGGGUCAUAUCGCCAUGGACCUUGACUUGGCCGAGGGUACGCUGUGGUGGGCCCAGCCAGAUACCCCACCCCCUGUCCUUCAGAACCGCCAAGAUAUUCUUCUCGAGAUUGAGGAGUCCACCUCGUCAAAGCGGGGAGGCAAAUCUACAGUCACAAAGGACGUGUACGUUUUGUUCCGUGAUUACUCGCAGACCGUGAUUACAGUAAACUAUGACGCUCGCAACCCUGCCGAUGCUGUCCUGGAACAACGGCAUGAGCAGCCCCCUCCUCUCCCUCGCCAGGACCAACUCGAAAGUGCACAUCUCCAAAUCGGUACUCGUGUUACGGAGGGCGUCAAUGCUAUUCAGAAUACGACAGUCCCUGAUGGCACGCCGUUUGGAUUGGUCAAGCACUUGUUGAACCCUUUGACGGAUGCACUUCGCCCUGUUGGCAAUCGCGCGUAUGGCGCUCUGGUCUAUUCCAACAUGGCCAACGCCUCUGUCCAGCAAACUGAUGAAAUCCGCCCUGGUGACAUUGUAAGCUUCCGCAAUGCUCGAUUCCAGGGCCACCGUGGCACAAUGCAUCAGAAAUACUCGGCGGAGGUCGGCAAACCUGACCAUGUCGGUAUCGUGGUGGACUGGGACGGCACGAAGAAGAAGAUUCGCGCAUGGGAACAGGGCCGAGAGAGCAAGAAGGUCAAGGUGGAAAGCUUCAAACUGAAUGAUCUGCGCAGCGGAGAAUGCAAAGUCUGGCGAGUGAUGCCGCGCAGCUGGGUUGGUUGGGACAGUUGA